AUGCCUAGCCAGAUCUUCACCCCCGUCACCGUCUCGCCCCAGCGCAAGGACCUGCAGGUCGUCACCUCGACGGAAAUCCUGGCCAGCUUUGCACCCACAAACGGCAAUGGUGGCCAUGGUGAACCUACGUCUUCGCCGUCAUCAACAACCACUCUUUCGUACAAUGGCGUCGGCAACACGAUCAUCACCACCGACGUGCCCCGGUACGCCAUCUGCGAGCACGACUACACCGUGCCGGCCGCGCCCCCGUCCAGUCCCGUCAGCUUCCGCAACGACCACCACUGGCUGCCGCCCAGUAUGGUGAAGAGUGCCCACUCGCCUCUGCGGAAUUGA